CUGCCUUUUUAUAUGGCCUGGGUUUGGUAUACUUCUACUACAAUGCAUUUCACUGGGCAAUUAAAGCAUUUCAAGAAGUGCUUUAUGUUGAUCCCAGCUUUUGUCGAGCCAAGGAAAUUCAUUUACGACUUGGGCUUAUGUUCAAAGUGAACACAGACUAUGAAUCUAGUUUAAAGCAUUUCCAGUUAGCUCUGGUUGACUGUAAUCCCUGUACUUUAUCCAAUGUUGAAAUUAAAUUUCAUAUUGCCCACUUGUAUGAAACCCAGAGGAAGUAUCAUACUGCAAAAGAAGCCUAUGAACAACUUUUACAGACAGAAAUUCUACCUGCACAAGUAAAAGCUAUUGUCUUACAACAGUUAGGAUGGAUGCAUCAUAAUAUGGAUCUACUCGGAGACCUAACUACCAAGGAAAGCUAUGCUAUUCAGUAUCUUCAAAAGUCUUUGGAGGCAGAUCCUAAUUCUGGCCAGUCUUGGUAUUUCCUUGGGAGGUGCUAUUCAAGUAUUGGGAAAGUUCAGGAUGCCUUUAUAUCAUACAGGCAAUCUAUUGAUAAGUCAGAAUCAAGUGCAGACACAUGGUGUUCAAUAGGUGUGCUAUAUCAGCAGCAAAAUCAACCUAUGGAUGCUUUACAAGCUUAUAUUUGUGCAGUGCAGUUGGACCAUGGACAUGCAGCAGCUUGGAUGGACCUGGGCACUCUCUAUGAAUCGUGUAACCAACCUCAGGAUGCCAUUAAAUGCUACUUAAAUGCAUCUAGAAGCAAAAAUUGUAGUAAUACCUCUAUUCUAACAGGAAGAAUUAAGUUUUUACAGGCUCAGUUGUGUACCCUUCCACAAGGUAGUCUACAGAAUAAAAAUAAAUUACUUCCUAGUAUUGAGGAGGCAUGGAGCCUACCAAUACCCGCAGAGCUUACCUCCAGGCAGGGUGCCAUGAACACAGCACAGCAGGCUCAUAAAAAUCAUCAUCCAAAAACUGAAUCUGUGUUAGGCCUCAGUCAAACACCAAUUUCACAGCAGCCCUUGCCAUUACACAUGAUUAUUUCUAGUCAAGUAGAUAGCCUGUCCAGUCCUGCCAAAAGGAAAAGAACAUCUAGUCCAACAAAGAAAGAUACAUCAUACAGGGCCUCCCCGGUGGCGCAGUGGGUUGAGCCCCGCACUGUGAAGCUGUCUGCAGCCUUUGCAACACAGCUUUUGGAACAGCUACGUGGAAAUAGAGAUAAUUUAAAUCCAGCUCAGAAAUUGAUGCUAGAACAGUUGGAAAGUCAGUUUGUCUUGAUGCAUCAGCAGAACACACUCAGUCUACCUCAUAACUGCGUAAACCUGACCAGCAUCACAGAAGAGCCAUGGAGAAAACAUCUAUCUAACUCCACUCAGGGGCUUCACAAAGGUCAAAGUUCAUUAGGACUUAAUGCUGAUCAAUCUCCAUUUUCCACUGGACCUGCACACCAUCUCCAGACAGCUAGCACUGGCAUCCAGAAACCAACUGGGCAUCGAACUCUGCCUAGCAAUUCAGUAACACAGGGAGCUGAUCUCAAUCACCUCUCCCCUCAUAUUGCUACCUCAGGUGGACAACAAGGCACUAAAUUUACCAAAGAAAGUGAACCUUCAGGAAAUAGUUCUUUGGUGCCUGAAACAAGCAGGCAUGCUGGAGACCCACCUAAUGGCUGUGCUGUUAUCCAAGGACUUUGUAAUCAUGUUCAGCAACUGACAGCAGAACCUGUUUGUAGUCCUAACCAUGAAGAUUCUAAAUCACCAAAAGUACCAAUUUCAGACAAUCCUCAUGCCUUGUUGAUUGAAAAAGCCAAUGACAGUGUGGGUACUGGAGCUUGUGACAAAAUCAAUAAUAUUCAUCCAGCUAGUCAUGCAAAGAAUAGUAUUUCUGUUGCCUCUUCACCGUCUUCAGUCAUUUCUAUAGCAACACCUUCACCAAAAUCCAUUGAGCAGACACAUAUACACAGUGUUACCAGCCUUAACAGUUCUCAGAGUAAUGGAAUUCUCACAAUUAAUGGAGAAGUGCUGGAGAAUUCGGAGAACUAUAAAAAAACUAAUCCACCUAUAAUUAGCCAUAAACCUUGUCCUCAGACGAUACCAUCAAUGUCUGUGUCCAUUUAUUCAAGUUCCACAGAAGUUCUGAAGACAUGCAGGAAUCUAGGUAAAAAUGGCUUGUCUACUAGUAAUUGCAUUCUGUUGGAUAAAUGUCCACCUCCAAGACCUCCAACUUCACCAUACCCUCCCUUACCAAAGGACAAGUUGAAUCCACCCACACCUAGUAUUUAUUUGGAAAAUAAGCGUGAUGCUUUCUUUCCUCCAUUGCAUCAAUUUUGUACAAAUCCUAAAAACCCUGUUACUGUAAUUCGUGGCCUUGCUGGAGCUCUCAAAUUAGAUCUUGGACUGUUCUCUACCAAAACUUUGGUAGAAGCUAACAAUGAACAUAUGGUAGAAGUGAGGACGCAGUUAUUGCAACCAGCAGAUGAAAAUUGGGAUCCCACUGGAACAAAGAAGAUCUGGCGUUGUGAAAAUAAUAGAUCUCAUACUACUAUUGCUAAGUAUGCACAGUAUCAAGCCUCCUCCUUCCAAGAAUCAUUGAGAGUAAGUGUUUCUUUGAGAUUAAUUUGCUCAAGACACCAGGAAAAUAACAACUUCUGUUCUGUUAACAUAAAUAUUGGUCCCGGUGAUUGUGAAUGGUUUGUUGUUCCUGAAGAUUACUGGGGUGUUCUCAAUGACUUCUGUGAAAAAAAUAAUUUAAAUUUCCUGAUGAGUUCUUGGUGGCCCAACCUUGAAGAUCUUUAUGAAGCAAAUGUUCCUGUGUAUAGAUUUAUUCAAAGACCUGGAGAUUUGGUCUGGAUAAAUGCAGGCACUGUGCAUUGGGUUCAGGCUGUUGGCUGGUGCAACAAUAUUGCUUGGAAUGUUGGUCCACUUACAGCCUGCCAGUAUAGAUUGGCUGUAGAACGGUAUGAAUGGAAUAAAUUACAAAGUGUGAAAUCAGUGGUACCCAUGGUUCAUCUUUCCUGGAAUAUGGCACGAAAUAUCAAAAUCUCAGAUCCCAAGCUCUUUGAAAUGAUUAAGUAUUGUCUUCUGAAAAUUCUAAAGCAGUGUCAGACUUUGAAGGAUGCUCUUAUCACAGCAGGUAAAGAUGUUAUAUGGCAUGGGAGGACAAAUGAAGAACCAGCACAUUACUGUAGCAUAUGUGAGGUGGAGGUUUUUAAUCUGCUCUUUGUCACUAAUGAAAGCAAUUCUCAAAAGACCUACAUAGUACAUUGUCAAGACUGUGCACGAAAAACAAGUGGAAGUCUGGACAAUUUUGUGGUGCUAGAACAGUACAAAAUGGAGGAUCUACUGCAAGUCUAUGACCAGUUUACAUUAGCCCCACCAUUGUCAUCCUCCUCUUCUUGAUACUGUUCCAUGAAUAUUUAAUGACACCUUUUCCUCUCUUCAGUAAAGUUUCUGCAUUCCUGAUUUUUUAGCUAUUUUAUAAUAAUGUCAAUUAAAAUUAUGUCUAUGCAACCUUCUAAGAACUGAGUGUCGGCCUACUGGACUUAAGGAAGCACUGCCUCUACUCUAAAGCUCAAAGUAUAAUCAGUAAUUAUCACCGGAUUUGUGAUAUGUGACAAAAAUGAUGUUAAUUGACUUCAGUUUUAAAAAAACAGCCUAUUUUUAUGUUUAUUUCUGGGUUAAUAAAGUAGUUUUCAUUAUACUUUACACUUUCAGAAUUUUCCUGGGGAAAAAAUACUAUCUAGUCAUUACUUUGAAAUAACUUAAACUUUUAAAUCUUUGAUCAACUUUUUAAUGUGAAAAGUGAGGUGAUUUUUUUGUUUAACUGCUUUAUGUUUUUCUGUAUUAUUUUGAGGCCUGGGUGAUUUUUACAUUUUGGUUCUAAAAUUAAAUUUUUUUUUUUUUUUAAUGGCCAAGAACACAAAGAUAAUAGAUUGCACAUAGACUAAGGAAUAAAUUUCAGAUUUGUGAUUUUUUUUUUGUUUCUAAUCUUGAUACAGAUUUUCACUAUUUAUGAAUAUAUAUUUAUUGCUUGAAAAUAUUUGUGAAUGGAAUGUGGUUAUUUUUUUCAAGAUUUACCUGCCAUGAAAUAUUAAGGAGUUCUGUAAUUUUGAACACUACUCCUUUUACAUUUUCUAUGUGUAAAUAAAACUGCUAGCAUUGUACAGAAACUUUUAUGAAAAUUGUUUAAUGUUUAAAGGGUUUUCCACUGCGUUUUAAAGACUCUGUAAAUACUCAGCUGUAUUUCAUUUUCAAAUCUGAUUGUAUCUAUUUUAUAUAUACAUAUAUAU